AUGCUCGUUCGACCUCGAUUACUUCAGCCGGCGCCUCUCCGAGAUGCACAUACCGUAUGUCUACGGUGUCUGCAAAGGCUGUCGCGGGCGGCACCCCCCUCGCGGCGAACCAUAUCAUCUACCGCCCCCGUCAAAGACGCGGUAGUAACGGCCCGGCACCCUCGAGGUGCUUUCAAGAAGGAGUACUUCUGGGGCAAUGGCAUACUGGAAGAGGUGCUCUCGGGUGCUAAGAGGGGAGUAUGGAGUAGUUCUGCCUCAGUACGGCAAGAGGGCAGCAUAGAAGGGAGCGCAGCAAUACAACAAACGGCGGAUAUAGCCUCACAGCACGUCAACACGUCGGCAACCGCGACGACCGCAAGCCUGCUAAAAGAAGAGCUCCCCCACCGCCGACGCAAGCGUCUACGAGAAGAAGCCCGCCUCACCGACCCCCCCGAGCCAACCAUCCCCCUCGACGCCUCCUCCCAGCUCUCGACCCUCUCGCAGAGCCUCCCCACCCACUCCCUCCGGCGCCUCAUAACGACCUACCUCUCCCUUAGCAAACCGCGCCUCACCUUCCUCGUCGUCCUCACUACCACCGCAGCAUACAGCCUCUACCCCGUCCCGGCCCUCCUCUCCCCCGCGCUCACCGACACCCCCUCCCUCAGCACCCUAACCCUCCUCUUCCUCACCACCGGCACAGCACUGUGCUCCGCCUCCGCAAACGCGCUGAACAUGCUCCUCGAGCCCGCUCACGACGCCAAGAUGUCGCGCACGCGGAACCGACCCCUGGUCCGCGGUCUCAUCUCGAAGCGGGGCGCGCUGCUCUUCGCGCUGGCCACGGGCGCGCUCGGGACAGCGGGGCUCUACAUCGGCGUCAACCCGACGACCGCCUUCCUAGGUGCUCUCAACAUCGCCCUCUAUGCCGGCUGCUACACGCCGCUAAAACGCGUGCACGUGCUCAACACCUGGGUCGGCGCCGUGGUGGGCGGGAUCCCGCCUUUAAUGGGCUGGGCGGCUGCAGCGGGCCAGUGCGCGUCUCACGACGCCGGGUGGCGGGAGUUGCUGUUUGGAGAGGGCAGCGCGGGUGGGUGGUUACUUGCCGCCCUGCUGUUCGCGUGGCAGUUCCCGCAUUUCAAUGCGCUGAGCUGGACGAUACGUGAGGAGUACAAACACGCGGGCUACCGGAUGCUUGCGUGGACGAACCCGGCGCGGAACGGGAGGGUCGCGUUGAGAUACUCGCUGCUCAUGUUCCCCGUGUGUGUUGGGUUGGCGGUGGCCGGGGUCACGGAUUAUGGGUUUGUGGCGACGAGCGCGGCGGUUAAUGGGUGGAUGACGUGGCAGGCGUGGAGGUUUUGGAGGUAUGAGGGACUCAAGGGGAGCGCGAGGGGUUUGUUUUGGGCCAGCGUGUGGCAUUUGCCGAUUGUGCUUGUGUUGGCGAUGGUGCAUAAGAGGGGCUUAUGGGAGAGGGUGUGGAGGAGUUUGAUGGGGAGAAGUGGGGAGGAGGAGGAGGAGUGGGAGUAUGAGGAUGAGGUGCCUGCUGUUGGCAAGGAGGCGCUACCUGCGUGA